AUGCAAAUAUCCACAUCAAUUAAAACAUGGUCAGCAUUUAUUACAGCUAUUAAACAAGCUUUUGGAUCAACAAAGGUACAAGAAUUAGCAUUUGAACAAUUAAAAUGGUAUAAACAAACAGUUAAUCAAUCCAUUACACAAUAUUAUGAUAAAAUUAUUGAAUUAUGCAAAAAAGUCGAUCCUGUAAUGCCUGAUUCUUUGAAAUUGAAAUAUUUAAUGGCUGGAAUGAAAGAAUCAUUGAAAACGCAUGUAGCAUUACGAGAUCCCAAAACAACUGAAGCAUUUCUAUUAUCAGCAAGAAAGGUUGAAGAUUUAUUAUCACACACCAAAACAAAUAAUGAAUUACCGGACAAUGAUAUUACCAUUAUUAAUGCAACUAGUUAUCAAAAUCAAUUACGUAAUCAAGCAACAUUCACACAAACAUCAAACAAUAAAUUUAAUCAAAAAAAUACUGGCUAUGCAGAUGCAGCACAAACUCGUACAACUUCUAAUAAGAAUACGACAGCUGGAAAUAACGCAAAUCGACAAAAUAAAUUCUCAAAUUCUACAAGAUCAACACAAAAAUUAGGUGUUUGUUACAAUUGUGGAGAAGCAUCGGUCGAUGGUGUUGCUUCCGAAAAUUUACAUAACAAUCCAUCGACAUUAAAUACGUCCGUUUUAUAUCUUAAUGUUUCUGUAAAUAAUAAAUGUAUGAAGGUAAUGAUAGAUACAGGUGCAAAUAGAACUUUUAUCUCAAUUAAAGCAUUAGAUCCAUCAUCAGGUAAGAUGUUUGUUAAUAAAUUACAUAAGCGUGCAAUUUUAGCUGAUGGAUAUUCGUCUAUUUCUGUUUACGGUACAUUAAAUUUAUCUAUCAUUAUGGGUGAUACAGCAACUUCUAUUAAAGCAUUUGUUGUUAAAGAAUUAUGUGCUGAUUGCAUACUUGGAAUGGAUUUUAUUAACAAGUAUAAACUAAUUAUAAAUACGGAAGAAAAAAUUGUUUCACUUUAUAAUAAUUAUAAACGUACAACAUAA